GAGGCGGGGGCGGCCACUUCGGGCGGAGCGCCGCUCGGCCCAGCGGGAUGGCCGCGGCCGCGGUGGCGGCGGCGCUGGCGCUGGGCGGGGGGCUCGUCCUGGCCGCCUGGCGCUGGCUGCGGGGCGAGGCCCGGGCCGCGGCCGGGGCCGGGGCCGGGGCCGGGGCCUCCAUGCGGGGCAAGACGGUGAUCAUCACGGGCGCCAACAGCGGGCUGGGCCGGGCGGCGGCGGCCGAGCUGCUGCGGAUGCGGGCCCGCGUCAUCAUGGGCUGCCGCGACCGGGCGCGGGCCGAGCGGGCGGCCCGCGAGAUCCGGGCCGAGCUGGGCGAGCGGGCCGAGGGCGAGGGCGGCGGCGAGCUGGUGGUCCGCGAGCUGGACCUGGCCUCGCUCCGCUCCGUCCGCGCCUUCUGCCACCGCGUCCUCCAGGAAGAGCCAAGGCUGGAUGUUCUGAUAAAUAAUGCAGGCAUAUUCCAGUGUCCAUACAUGAAGACAGAGGAUGGUUUUGAGAUGCAAUUUGGUGUAAACCACUUGGGUCACUUCUUGCUCACCAACCUUCUUCUGGGCCUCCUCAAAAAUUCUGCUCCCAGUAGGAUUGUGGUAGUAUCCUCAAAGCUUUACAAAUAUGGAGAGAUCAACUUUGAAGACUUGAACAGUGAAAUAAGUUACAAUAAAAGCUUUUGUUACAGUCGGAGUAAACUGGCUAACAUAUUAUUUGCAAGGGAGCUAGCCCGUCGAUUAGAAGGGACAGGAGUCACUGUCAAUUCACUUCAUCCUGGGAUUGUCAGAACAAAUCUAGGCAGAUACGUGAAUAUUCCUUUGCUGGCAAAACCCCUGUUCAACUUGGUGUCAUGGGCUUUCUUCAAAACACCUCUGGAAGGAGCCCAGACUUCUAUUUAUUUGGCUUCUUCUCCUGAUGUCGAAGGCGUGUCAGGAAAAUAUUUUGGGGACUGCAAAGAGGAGGAACUCCUGCCCAAAGCCAUGGAUGAUUUGGUUGCAAGAAAGUUGUGGGAUAUCAGUGAAGUGAUGGUUGGCUUAUUGAAAUAAGUGCCAGGGGGUAUCUGCAAAUAGAAUGCAGAUAACUAUGCAACACAUAUUUGCAAGAGUGUGAUUCUCACUUUAAGUGCUGUGGGAAUACAGAUUACUCUGCUCAAUAGGUAUUAAAUAGAGGAGUGAUUUAUGCUGGAACUCUGUUUUGAAAUAAAGGACAAUCUUUAUUUAAUAGACGCAGGCAUUCAAAACAAGUCUGAAAUAGAGUUUGAGGGUGUGAAUAUAAUUUCUGGUUAAAUCUGCUUGGAAACUCAUGUUUUACAAAUAAAAAUUGAACAACUGUGUUUUGCAAUAUAUAUGCAUAUUUGUCAUGUUCCACUAUUUGUAGUUGGGCUGGACAAUGCAGGGUACUGAUGGUGAAACACUUCUCCUGUAAAAAGGUUUUGAAAAUAGAUCCUAAUAAUAAUAAUAAUAGGAUUGUUGUCUUUUUUUAAGCCAUCACAAUGAAAAAUGGAAUAAACAGUUUUACCGGUAUCUUACACUGUAAUCAUUUAGGCCUCUGAGUGCUAUUCAAAGACUUGUUGUCAGCCCCAUGGUUCAGUGAACAAAACUGUUGAGUCGUAUACAGUUUAGCUGUGAAGCACAAAGUCAACUUUUUUGAGUGAUGUCGCUGCUAUUCGAUGAGUAUAUACACUUGGUUGUGCAAGCUGUAUUUUUAAUUUCAUGUGUGCUGAACUUGCUAUUUAUUGAUACGCAGACACCUUGGGUUUCAUUAAAAACAUAGUUGAUGGAUGUAUUAUGGUCUUGAUAGGGCUUUGCAUGUCACGAAUUGUGUGCACACGAAGUUCACGAGACACUGCCCAGAUUAGACGGAAGAGAAUGCUUUUCAGUGUGUGUUUGGCUUGACUGAUGGCACUUUAACUCAGUAAUGAGAUUAGAUAAGUCUGUCUAAUACAGCUUACUGAAUAUUCUUUAAUAAAAAUCUUUUUAAAAAAGA